CAGACGAAGACAUUACUUCCGGGUACAAUCCAAAAACACACUCGAGACAAGGUACUAAAAAUGCGGAUGAGGAGUUUUCUACACCCGCCACAGGCUUUUACACCCAGUGCCAUAGGGAGAAACCACACUUUGCACCUGUACAGUCUCAAUUGACAAGCAACCGAAUACCAUUCAAAAGACAACAGCCAGAUACAUUAAUGAAAAACGAGGGCAAUACACAAGAAGCAAUCCCGUUGCUUAGAGAUGACUGGGUAAGAGAAGAAUGUAAGAGAUUCUUCAAAUCGGAGUAUUCUAAAAUUUCAAAACUCAAGAAAAGCUAUAAGAGUUUAAGAAAAAUGUUCUUAAUCCUAGCGAUUCUAUGCAUCGUGUUGAUAAUUUGUACGAUUUCUGUUCUGGCAGUUAUUUUGGUUUCAUUUCGAAUGGAAACCCGUCCAAAUGGCAAUGACAAAUCUGAAAGUCAUGGAAUAUUUAAAACAAUGGAAGUGGCUUUUAAAGAAAUUUUAUUCGAAAAACUUCGUUCACAAAGAGCUAAAGAAAUAAUACGAAGGCAAAUUUUCUGUGAUAAAUGCCAAGAAAAAGGAAGACAUUCAUAUCAAAGUAAAGACUUUGGAGACCCAGGUGAACUGGAAUGUUGUCAGGAGAAUGCAUUUAAUGACUUUACAACGUUCAAAGACACAUUUACUGAGAAAUUAGAAAAACACUCUUCGAGUUUACAAGAGCAUCACAACAGGAUUAUCAAGUUAGAAGACGAAGUAAUUAUCCUUCAGCAUAACAGGGAAAAUAAAGACGUGCAUAGACAUUCUGCAUCAUCGCAAAGUAUAUUUGAAAGAACCGUUUUGCAAAGUCGAGUGGCAGUCAAUAACAAACUAUUGAAUAAAUUACUAAACUGGAAACGUUCUUCUAUGCAACUCAAAGGAAACGCAAAAUCCAAUUCUAUUGAAUGGCAACAAGAUAUUAAAAUUGGAGACAUCAUUUCCACAAACAACAACGGAUUGCACGUUCAAAGUGGCGGAACAUUUUAUAUGUACACAAAUAUACAGUUCAAGAAAGAUAAUUGCACGGAUGGCGAGGUGUUUCAAUAUGAAAUAAUAGAGGACAGUGGAGGGCAUAAUAAUGCUAUAGCACAUGUUAGGCAGAGUUGCAUGGGUGUCACGAACUCCUUCUCACUAUCCUUAAAUUUUCAAAAAGUCAUUAAGGUACCGAGUCAUGAAACCGCUUCUUACUAUCUAAACGUUAUUUCUCAUUCGUUGUCCCCAUAUCCUUGGGCCCAUGUAUUCGGUAUCCUGGAAAUUUGAGUUGCUGUCAGGUUUUCUUUUCAAAUCUGAUCUGAUUAUAGUUGUUUAUUUAUAUAUGAAGAGGGAUUUAUAAUUAUAACAAGAGUAUAAUGGAUUAAUGGCAAAUUUUAACGAUCUCAGUUUUGUUGUUGUUGCCGAUGAUUUUAUGUAUAUGUAUAUGUUGCUACCUAUGUAAUUAUUUAUUGUAUGUUUUAUUUGUUAAAAUAUAAUAUAUCAUGUUUUAUCAUUUCCAUUUCAUGCUUGUAAGCAUAUAUGGAAUUGAUAAAAUU